ACUCCAACUGUGCGUGCAGACUGUCAGGCCAUCAGCGGUUGCAUGUUCGUGUUGCUCGAGAAAUGACCUACUUUUCCUAUUUUGUAAUGCUCUUUACCUCAGCUUUACUUCUAUUAUGGCUUCAUAAGCAAAUUAAGAAAUACAGGAACUCUUUAGUGAAAGAUAUAAACAGAAAAUAUGUCUURAUAACUGGAUGUGGUGCGGGGUUUGGUCUUCAGGCUGCAGAACGUCUGGACAAGCUUGGAUUCCGAGUUUUUGCCACCUGCAGGACKAAAUCGGGKGAAGAAAACGUACGACAAAGGUGCAGCGACCGAGUGAAGACGUUUACAAUGGAUGUGACAUCUUCUGAAGAUUUAGUUAGAACAUACAAUGAAAUAAAGAAAGAAAUAUCAGCUGGUGAAGGGCUAUGGGGCUUGAUCAACAAUGCYGGUGURCUUCAAGUUGGKCCCAUUGAUUGGCAGCCACUAGACUGCUUUAARCACACAGUGAAUGUYAAUCUUUGGGGAACAGUUGCAACAACAAAGACUUUUUUGCCAUUGAUUAAACAGGCUAGAGGACGUGUGGUGAAUAUGGGCAGUACUCUAUGCAGAAUAGCCAUGCCUUAUAUGGCAUCAUAUACUAUCUCUAAAUAUGGACUAGAAGCGUUUACUGAAUCGCUAAGGCGGGAAAUGACUCCGUGGAAUAUCCAAGUGAUUAGUAUUGAAUCAGGWGGGCAUAAGACCAAGCUUAUUGAUGGUAAACGGCUUGCACAACAAUGGRCUGGUAUGUGGGAUGAAUUGGAUGAAGAUAUCAAAAAAGACUACAAUGAAGAUCGUGCACUUGAAGGUGCCAAAGAAAUGAUGCGRUUCGACUCUGUGAUGCCAUCGAGCAGUGAUGACGUCAUAAAUGCCAUCGUUACAGCAUUAACAGUGCAAGUACCCAACUUGCGUUACGUAGUAGGCCUCGAUGCCAAGGCUUUUCGGAUUCUCUCCAUGCUCCCAUCAUCAUGGAUGGACUGGGCUCUAUCUUUUGUGAUCAAGCCAAUGAAACCCAAUGUACAAUAGUGUCUAAUGUUGGGCRCAAAAGGCAUCCUCGGGAUUAGCCCAUAAUCAGGUCAGAGGAUUCUAUUCCACAGGAAGUCCGUCAAAGCGCAAGYUUGGAGGUCACGUGGUUAUAUAUGCGCAUGCAAAAUUAUAUGAAACAGUACGCGGUUCUGUGGUUCAAAUUGAAUUUAUUUUGAUAAUGAGUGAAAUGGUUAAGUUUUUCCAUUAUAAAUUUUUCUGCGUUGUUUUUGCAGAAUUGGAAAAGAAUUUUUAGACAUUAAGUACUAAUAUUUGUAUAAAAAGUGGUCAGAUAUGUCUUUUACGAGGAAUAUUUUGAAAUAGUAGAUAAAUAAGUGUUUUAUUUCCUACCUUUAAUAUCCGCACUGUCAGUUACUUGACAGAUUUUGAAAGCGGCUUCGUCAGUUAUAUCGCUACGAGAAAUCACAUCUUACUGAAUUGUGGUUAAUGGAAAUGAAUAUUUUAGUGGAAUCCAUAAUUUUUUCAUCCACUUUAAUUUUUUUAACGAUGUUUACUCGCAUAGGAGGUUAUGAAAUAACGUUAAAAAGUAUAGGAAAUAGGGUUUUUUAAGUUAAAAAAAAACGUUUUGAAAAUAAAAUGAUACACAUUAUGGAUAUAAAAAAGACUAGUYUUUAGCUGAUUAUCAUAGUAGUUCCAGCUCUGCUUCGUUCAGCC